CAUCGAUUCCAGAUCGUUAAUCUCUAUUGCGAGCUAUUCUUGCCUAUACACGUUUACCGCCUUGUUCGUCCUUGAUGCAAUAAGGAAAGCAACAAGGAAACAAGAACAAGAUCCAGACGAGUGGCUGCCCCCCAGUCUACGAUCGCACUUAGGCGUCCUGUCGCCAUCUGUCGUCCUUGAAGUCAUUGCUUGCGGGGCCUCUUCCUGGUCCUGCGGGCUUCUACAACCGAAGACAUGAGUGGAAUUACGAGCGCUUGUUUGUCCUGUUUAUCGACGGUGGACCGUUGGUGUCAUAUCUCGGCAUGCCUCGGUCCGAUCGGUGGUCGCUCUAGGGAUGGGAUUUACGAAUCCACUUUGGCAGACAAUGAACGCGAAGCAGUCUCUGACUUGCUGCAAUUCCUCGAUGCGCAACAACGUCAAGAGAUUGAUUUCUUCAAUGGCGAGCCUCUUCGGGCCUUGAGCACUCUGGUGUAUUCCGACAAUGUAGAACUUCAGCGAAGUGCAAGUUUGACCUUUGCUGAGGUCACAGAGCGAGAUGUACGCGAAGUCGAUCGGGACACUCUCGAGCCUAUCCUUUUCUUACUGCAGAGCUCCGACAUUGAAGUGCAACGGGCGGCCAGUGCAGCACUUGGAAACUUGGCUGUGAACGCGGAGAACAAGGUGUCGAUCGUCGCGUUGGGAGGUCUGGCUCCCCUAAUACGGCAGAUGAUGUCCCCUAAUGUCGAGGUCCAAUGUAAUGCCGUUGGUUGUAUUACGAACCUGGCUACCCACGAGGAUAACAAGGCGAAAAUCGCCCGCUCCGGCGCAUUGGGCCCAUUGAUCCGGCUGGCAAAAUCCAAGGACAUGCGAGUACAGCGUAAUGCGACUGGCGCGCUGCUGAAUAUGACGCACUCGGAUGACAACCGACAACAACUCGUCAACGCAGGCGCCAUUCCUGUUCUGGUCCAAUUGCUAUCCUCCUCCGAUGUUGAUGUACAAUAUUACUGCACUACUGCCUUGAGCAAUAUCGCCGUCGAUUCGUCGAACCGCAAGCGACUAGCGCAGACCGAGUCUCGAUUAGUCCAGUCGCUUGUGCAUCUCAUGGAUUCCUCGACACCAAAGGUCCAAUGUCAAGCUGCUCUGGCACUGCGCAAUCUGGCUUCCGAUGAAAAAUACCAGCUUGAGAUUGUGCGCGCGAAGGGACUUUCGCCGCUGUUGCGCCUCCUGCAAUCCUCUUACCUGCCCCUGAUCCUCUCCGCCGUCGCAUGCAUUCGCAACAUCUCCAUACACCCCCUCAACGAAUCUCCCAUCAUCGACGCGGGAUUCCUCAAACCUCUGGUCGAUCUGCUCGGCUCGACUGACAACGAGGAGAUACAAUGUCACGCCAUCUCGACCCUGCGGAAUUUGGCGGCAAGCUCUGACCGUAACAAGGAGCUCGUUCUUCAGGCCGGAGCGGUUCAAAAGUGCAAGGACCUGGUUCUUCGCGUCCCUCUUAGCGUACAGUCCGAGAUGACGGCUGCGAUCGCUGUGCUGGCCCUCAGCGACGAAUUGAAACCGCAUCUUCUGAACCUCGGCGUCUUUGAUGUUUUGAUCCCUCUCACCGAGUCGGAGAGUAUCGAAGUGCAAGGAAACAGUGCCGCAGCCCUGGGAAAUCUCUCAUCCAAAGUGGGAGACUAUUCGAUUUUCGUGCGCGACUGGGCGGAUCCUAACGGUGGCAUUCACGGCUACCUUAGCCGGUUUCUCGCAAGCGGCGACCCGACAUUCCAGCACAUUGCUAUUUGGACUUUGCUGCAACUUCUCGAAUCUGAUGACCAGAGAUUGAUUGGGUACAUUGCCAAAUCGGAUGACAUAGUCCAGAUGGUCAAAUCGAUCUCUGAUAAGAACAUUGAAUCCGACGAAGAAGAUGCAGAUGAGGGUGAAGGCGAGGUCAUUGCGCUGGCACGGCGAUGCCUCGAGUUUCUGGGGAGUGGUCACAAGCAGACCCUUGUAGAAGGCUAAUCUAAUUUCGUCUUUUCGAGCGCUGACGCCGGUUUGCGAAGCUCACUACUCCUGUUCCUUUUCUUACCUCGAUAAUCAUUCGAUUCUUCCCCGUGUCUUCUGUCUUACCUACUAUACCUUGAGUGUCCCUGUUAUGUGGAUGUUUUGCUACAAUGACCUAUAUUUGUCACAGGUGUUAAGCGAG